GGUACACAACUUAUCCUUGAUUUCUUAGUUUAAACGAACUUCCAUAUAACGACCUUUUCAAACUCUGUAGCCCAGUAUAGUGUAGUGGGGCGGAUCCACACUUCAUAGAGCGUGCGAAUGCCAUGCCACCAACAAAACUGCGCCAAAACCUGCCAUUGGCAUACUCUGCACGCUCAUUCUUCAUCAGCGUGUUCUACUUAAUACCUCACUCUCAAUGUGUAGGCUAACUGUCUUUCUGCGGGUGCACACACAUCAUUCAUGUCUUCCCAUGACUUACGGACUCGGUUCGGAUGUUGGGUAAUACUUCUAUUUCGUGCGUACCUGGUAACGAUCCCACGCCGGGAUUGAAGGGUGACUAAAUAAUACAUCUCACUCAAGUCUGACUCGGAUGCUGCCUUGGACAUCUAUCAAAUCAUCUCAAUGUCUGAUGUCUGCUUGGUGGUGGGGACUUGUUGAAGCGCCGUGGUUAUUGUAACCAUCUACGAUUGACGAACAAUCAUUUACUUCUUACGGAUUACCAUUGUUAAGCAAAGAUUCCUUUUCUGGAAUUCGUGACGUAUAAUAACAAUAAUAUUGGUCGCUUUAAAUCGCUUCGGGAUAUCAGGUUUUCUAAGAUGGCGGCUUACUUCUGUUACGUCUGUGUUGCCUUCUCGCUCCUUGUUGAUGUGAUAUCAGGACAGCUUACUUGCGCAGAGAACCCUAAACCAGUCUUCAUGUCUACUGAACUUGAAAUCGAAGCUGACGAGGGAUCAACAAUGACUUUACCAUGUGUAUUCUAUAAUAUUACAAGUGAUUUCCAGAUCUACUGGUAUGCCGGAAAAGAAGACAUAUUCUGGAACAAUAACCCCCAGACUGCUGCGGAUAAUUACGCGAUCGCCUACAAUAAAACCAAUUCAACGAGAAGUUCAAAUUUGACCAUCAGAGGUUUAAGCACAUCUGAUUCGAUGACUUAUCUUUGCCGGGCGAGUUCAUCCAAGAGGAUUUGCAGGGUCCAAGCCGAAUUCAAUGUCAAUGUAAAUUAUGAGCCGGUAAUUCGCCACAUUGGACCCCGUCAACCGCCAUAUUGGGUGAGCUACAAACCGGAAGUAAUCUACGUGAAUGAAACAGACAACAUUACUCUGACAUGCAACACCAGCGCUCGACCCUCCGCCUUCAUUACCUGGGUUAAAAUGAUACCAGGCCUACCAGAUGGAGAAAAUACUCUUGAACUGUCACCAGGAACAGAAGAGACAAAACAUGGAUUCUUCACAAUCAAUAAUGUGUCAAGAUUCCAGAGCGGAGACUAUCGCUGCCAGGCUACGAAUCGGAUCGGCCACACCUUCGAAACUGUGGCAUUGGUCGUGCAAUAUGAACCGGAGGUGAAGGUCGUACAACCGGACAUUCGGGCUGCUCCAGGCAGAUCGGUCACUUUCGGGUGUAACGUGAGCGCAAAUCCUGAACCAUUUGAUUUCUUUUGGACCAAAGAUGGCGCAAGGAUAAGUGAAGACGAUGCAGAUCCCACACCUAACACGAUCCCCCUUACGUGUUUCUCGAAUUUCACUAGGUUUGUUAUUCUGAAGCUAGACCCAGAAACAGACUAUGGAAAUUACACCUGCGUGGUGACAAAUCAGGUCGGAACGUCAUCAGCCACGAUAGUUGUAAGCGGGCGCCCUCUAGCGCCAAUUAUAACCAACACUAAUCCACAGGGUAAAUUUCGUCACACCUACAAUCUUACAUGGGAAUCUUCUACCAGGAGACGGAAUGGUGUCCGAAUCGACAAUAUCCCUGUCGCUCGAUAUAUCAUCAAGUAUCAAAGAAAAGACAUUCAAUAUAGAUCAGGUAAAAUGGUUCCCGUCCUAUGGCCCAACGAGGCCUUAUCGGAGACUGUCCAAGGCAAACAAUUUAUAAUACUCCGUGACUUGAAGGAGAAUAGCUCAUACGUAGGACGCGUGUGUCCUCAGAGUGACUAUGGCCUGGGAGAUUGCGUAUCGUACACAUUUACAACGUCCUCGGUUGACUUUAAAUCCCCUGCUACACCUAAGUCGGCCUAUGCGGUCAGUUGCACAGAUUCUGAUUCCUGCAUUGAGACGUGGACACCCUCCUCAUCGAGUGCUGAGAGAUUUUCAAUACUUGUCAUGGCAACAGCAACAAUCAUGUCCUGUCUUUUGAUGUCAUAAUCAUCUGUACUUUUUUUUUCAUUAGACUCAUUUUCAUGAUCUACAUACUAUAUGGUGUUUAUGUUGAGAAUUAUAUAAUUUUCAGCACAUGGGGCUGACUUUUUUUCUGUUUUAGACUAACGAAUAAAGGAAGGAUAAUUUUAAAUAGUUCUUUUACCCGAAAUGGAAAAAAUCGUAAAGAGUAGCAUAUAGUUCACCAUGUAAUACCUUGCUCUAAUUAAUGAUAAUCAUUUUAACGCCAGAGACCACAGUGUAGGUAUGUAAACUGAAUUACGAAUUCCAAAUACAUAGUGUCCUAGAAAAGAAUUGGAACUUGCACCCAUGUAUCUUAUAGUAAAGACAUGAAUGGGGGAAGAGAACAAAAAUAUAUAUAUAUAUUGAGCAUGAAAAAAUCAUCAAGAAAGAUUAGCGCGUGGAUGGUGGUGCUCCAAAUUCAUCGACAAUACUGGAAGAUUCGCAUAUGGCCCGUGGACUAAAAAGCAUUUCAUGAAACAUUUUAGUCAGAUCCAAGGAUUUCAAUAGCUUAUACUAGUUUUCAGUGACAAAUGCUCCUAUGAUCCAAAACAAAAGUACGAAGCACCGUUUGAGAUUGUGAAUAAAAUAUACAAGCCGUCGCUCUAAGGUUACAUGUACGUAAAAGAAAACGAUGAAAGCAGUAGCGUAAUUGAAGUUGAAGCACUGGUAAUAGCAGAUGCAUUAAGAAGUUAUAGAAGUAAUAGUAGACCAAAAAGAAGUAGAAAUAUAGUAGUAGAAAUAGUAGUAGUAGUAGUAAUA